AUGCUUGCCAUCACCAUGGCACUUGAUGAUAAUUGUAAUCCUGCUCCAAUUUCUCAUCAUUAUAAAGAACAAACUUUACAUUCCAUUCUUUCUCAAUAUUUUCCAGAAACUAUUCUUCUUGAUAACAAUGGAAAAAGGAGAACUCAAAUUGAUAUUAAACAUGAAACUUUGAGUGAAACUAUAUCCUUAAAUGGUUAUUUCGAUAGUGAAAAUAGAAUGACAAAUGCUCAAAAAAUGAGAAAAAUCAAAAAAGAGCGAAAACUCCGUUGGGUAUUUGGUGAAAAAAUUGGAAGAAUCAAAGACCAACCCGUAGUUUCACCUGGUGAAUUCCGUUAUGGUGAUGGAAAGUUAAGAUUUGAUGAUGAGGACCAUGAUGCGAUAAGCAUGUUUUCCAAUGAUUCUGAAAAUUCUUUACCAAGAUCUCUUGACAAUACUAUUACACCUAAUGAUAAUGAUCGUAAUAAAAUCCAUUCAUUCUCAUUAAAUGUAUUAAGUCCAGAUGAUCGAAGGAGAAUGGUUAAAAAGAAUAAAAAAUUACAAGUGAUGCUUGGUGAAGCUUUGGAUGAGAACAUGAUUCGUCAAACUAUAACCAUUCCGGCUACACAAUCACCGGGCUUAUUAUUCCAUAAUAAAAGUAGAUUUAGUAGCGAAGUUGGUAUAUCAAAUAAACCUCAUCUUUUUCGUAGGGCCUCUGAUUCAAUGAUUAUUUCACCACUGCCUUCGCCAAACAAUAUCAUAACUCCACCAAAAACUCCCACUUUAUCAGAUGAAAACAAUGAUCAAAAUUGCAUAAAACAUCAAUCCAAAAAUUCUGUGGCUUCAUUCACAAAUCCAAAACAAUCUGAUUUAGCUGUCGCCAAUAAAGACACUAAGGAGUAUCGAAGAAAGAAAUUACAAAAACUUUAUAAUUUUCUGGGUGAACGCGUUCCUAUUGAUAUUGUAUUGGGUGAAAAGGAUAAUUAUGAUGUUUCAUUACUUCCAGAACCAUUACCGGAUCCUCCUAAACGAAAGUCCAAAGGAAGACCAACUUCUUUAUCAUUUAAAAAGAAUACUUCAAGUUCAAAUAAUAACAUUGAUGCUCAUGCAACGUUAACCCUUCCAAGGUUAUCCGCAAUAGAUAGAAAACGUCAUCUUCACAGAGCAAUCAAGUUGGAAAAAAUGUUUGGGGAAGCUCCUCCUCAAGAUCUAAUAGUUCAGAAGUUACGUUCUAGAAACUUUACUGAUUCAAUAUCAUCCAUUGAUAUUCAUCGUAGAAGCAUAAUGUCUCUUGAAUAUUUAAUGGAAAAUGAUAGAAAUACUAUGUAUGAUCUCAUUGAUUACAUGGCAGAUAGUGAUGGAGAAAAUUAUGAUGAGGAGUGUGAGGAGGAAUAUAUUGCUCCUUUAUCAGCUCCUGCAACUCCUAAUCCUGGCAAUUCAUUGAGAUUUGAUGUACCUCAAAUAGAUCCGAAACAAGUAAAAUUGAAAGGAAUCCGUAAAUUAUCUCACUUCUUUGGUGCAACUUAUGGACAAAUGUUUCCUGAUCAAGUUCUUGGUGAGUUAUUAGGAGAUCUUGAAAGAGAAAUUAGAGAAGAGGCACGGCAAAAUGAGGAGGUUGAUAAAGCCAUUGUUGCAGGAUUAAUGGGUCAAUUAGAAGAAUUAAGAGCAAAAAGUGGAGAGUUAGGACCAAAUUCAGAUGACGAUGAAAAUAAUGAAGAAUUAUCUUUGACAGAUAAUGAAUCAGAUGAGAUACGCAAGAGAUUAGAACUAAAUCGUAAAAAAAGAGAUCUUAAAUCAGAAA